AUGGAAAAUACAGAUAACAGUCUUUUCUUUGAUAUAGCACCUAAAAUAGACCUUGCUAAAUACGAAAUUAAUAUAAUUGAACUUGGGGGGGAUUCAAUCGAAUUAAAAUCAUUAAUACAUCAUGCAGUUACCAAAGGUUUGAUUCUUUAUCGUAAUGUCGAUUUCUUACCAUACCCACCAGAUAUUCCAUUUUCUAAUACCAAGUUCUUCAAUCUCUUUCUAGGAUUCAAAGCUCGACUAGCAAUCGAGAUUAAUCCGGCUAUUAUUGAUCCAAUUCUAUGGCAUGCAAAAAAUAUAAUCUUUGAUAGAAAUGAAGAGCUUAGUAAAUAUUUCUGGUACUGGUGUGCAUAUCUAGUACAACAACUAUCUAAAAAACCUGGAACAAUUCAAGCUCGUAAACUAAUUGUUAUGAAUGAAACAGUUGAACGUAAAGAUAUCGAACCAAAAGUCAUAAAAGAUUAUGCUAGAUUUAUGGUAUUAACUAAUCAUGAUGCUCCACUCCAGAUAGAAAUGGGUGAUCAUCAUAUCGUGUGUUUCGAUGUAUCUUCCCGUUGUAAAGGUAACAUGGUAUAUUUUAAGAAUUUGGCCAAAGUACUCGAACACCCUGACAUACCAAAUGUAGUUAUGGCUUAUUUACUCAGUCUUGAUAUCUCAGAUUGGAAUCCACAAGAUAUUCCUGCUACUAAAAUGAAAACAGAUAUAAUGUUGGAACAUUUACCAAACUCGAAACGAUUUAUAAUCGAUCAUAUUUCAUCUUGGCCUGAAAAUAGAACUAAGAAUUCAAUAUGUUCAAAUUUAUAUCAGGAAUAUCGUAUUUGGUGUGAAAGAAAUGGUAAAAAUCUAUUUACUAACAAAAAAUUUGGAAAAACUCCUUCAACAAUUGGUAUAGAACGCAAGCAAGCACAAAUCAAUGGAAAAAGAGACUGGGUCUAUACCCUUGAUCGAUCCAAAAUCGUAAGAAAACUACGCGAAUUGGCAAAAAAUAUAGCCAGGUCAUCGACUACUGAUUACAUCGAAAAAAGUAAGAAAAUAGUAUCCACCCCUCCUACUACUAACAUGACUCAGGAUCUCUUUGAUUUUAUAACAAAUGAAAGUUUAGUUGCUUCAUCAUCCAAGUCUACUAAUAUAUCUCCGCUACCUGAGAUCGUACAUAUAGAACUUGUAGAUGAUAAAUCUGAACCAGUUUCUGAGAUCAUUAAACCAGUGAAUGAUAAAGUUGAAUCUCUAGAAAUUAUCGAAUUGAUAAAUGAUUCCGAAAUCUUUCCUGACUUACCUGUAAACAAUAAACCAAAAACCAUCAACGAAGUAUCUCCCCAGCAGAUAUCAUGCCUACUCGGAUAUCAAACCAGAGAGCAACAAGAAAUACGAUUAAGACAAAAAGCUAUUAAACUUAGUGAGAAUUCAGAUAAGUUU